UACCUGCCUUGAUUGUUCUGUGAGCAGAUAAAAAGUACAUAUACAGUUCAUACAAUAAUCUUAUGUAUGUAAAACCCUGUUACGAUGUCGGCGACGGGGCCCAUCAGUAACUAUUACGUGGACUCGCUCAUCUCUCACGACAAUGAAGACCUCCUAGCGUCCAGGUUUCCGGCCACCGGGGCUCACCCUGCCGCCGCCAGACCCAGCGGCUUGGUGCCGGACUGUAGUGAUUUUCCGUCCUGUAGCUUCGCGCCCAAGCCGGCCGUGUUCAGCACGUCGUGGGCGCCCGUGCCCUCGCAGUCGUCCGUGGUCUAUCACCCGUACGGCCCCCAGCCCCACCUCGGCGCCGACACGCGCUACAUGCGGACUUGGCUCGAGCCGCUGUCCGGCGCCGUCUCCUUCCCCAGCUUCCCGGCCGGGGGCCGUCACUAUGCCCUCAAGCCCGACGCCUACCCCGGGCGCCGCGCCGACUGCGGCCCAGGCGACGGCCGCAGCUACCCGGACUACAUGUACGGCUCGCCCGGGGAGCUGCGCGACCGCGCCCCGCAGACGCUGCCCUCGCCCGAGGCGGACGCGCUGGCCGGCAGCAAGCACAAAGAGGAGAAGGCCGACCUGGACCCUAGCAACCCCGUGGCCAACUGGAUCCACGCCCGUUCCACAAGGAAGAAGCGCUGCCCCUACACCAAGUACCAGACGCUGGAACUGGAGAAGGAGUUUCUCUUCAAUAUGUAUUUAACCAGGGACCGACGAUACGAGGUGGCCCGUGUCCUCAAUCUCACUGAGCGGCAGGUCAAAAUCUGGUUUCAGAAUCGGAGGAUGAAGAUGAAAAAGAUGAAUAAGGAGAAAACCGACAAGGAGCAAUCCUAAGCUCUGCCCCAGCCUGCUGCCUCGGCACAGCCAAGGGAAACACAAAAACCCCACAAAAAAGCCCCAACCCAGGCGGGAGAAAGCACGAAA